AUGGCGGGGGCUCCAGCGUACUCGAUGAUGAUCGAUCCCCAACCUCAAAUUGGGGCGCAUCUUUCAUCAGGCCCCAGUCUCAAGAUGACCACCGGCGAUAUUGGUAUUCUACGAUCAACACUUCUUCCGUCCUUUGGACUCUAUUCGGGCUUAUCAGUCGCGACCUAUCUCACAGCGCAGGCCACAGACCGUGCUGAGGGGAAAGACUGGCUAUGGCCAUCUGCUCAAGUCCUCAAUGCCUGGCUGAUGGCUGUUGGCCGUCCGAUGUAUGAACAUGGCCUCACAUUCUCUGAUGCCUGGAAGGAACUCUCAUGGUCGGAGAAGCUGCUUCUUGGAGGUGUGACGGUCUGGGGAACCCGAUUGUUUGCGCGCAUUGCAAGCCGCUCGCUGGCUCGCGGAAAGGAUGAUUCUCGGUACGACGCACCGAAGAAAGAGCCUGGUUUCUGGAGAUCCGCGCUCUUUCAGAUGUUCCUGCCGGAGGCAGCAGUCUUGAGUAUUAUUUCUUUGCCAUUCACUGUGCCAUUUGUCGCCAGUCGAACGACUCUCUCCCUGGGUGCUCAAACGCUCGACGCCAUUCGGGCGCUGGGUGUCGGUCUUUUUAGCUCUGGCUUCGCGCUCGAGGUACUGGCCGAUAGCCAAGUUGAGCGCCAUCGCCAGGAACGAAGUGAUCUGUGUCGUCAUGGCGUUUGGAGUAUUGUCCGCCAUCCCAACUACUUGGGAGACACUUUGGUGCAUCUAUCGUUUUUGGUCCUGAACAUCACGAACAAGUUUAACCCUCUUGUCCUUGUUGGACCUCUCACCAAUUAUCUCUUCCUUCGUUUCGUUGGCGGCGACAAGCAGACCGAGCAGAGCCAAGAGGAGCGAUACCGAGAGAACGCACCCGAGAAGUACGAGCAGCUGUGUGCUUGGCGCAAGGAAAAGAACAGUUUCUGGCCUUCUCUACGAGAAAUUACCAAUCCAUGGACUCUGGCAGUCCUUGGAUGUGGAUUCUACUAUCGCGCAAGCACUGUUUCUAGCCACCACGGUAUCAUUAAAGCCAUUCCAACUGAUCCCACGUAUCGGCGGCCCCAGAGUGGAUCAGUGGACCUCGGCCCAUCCGAGACGGGACAAGCGCCAGAUCCCCUCGUGCUUCUCUUCUCGAGUAUUCCAUCUCCGAAGCCGAAACCUUAUCGCGAUCAGCCACGUACUGCACAAAUCGUUGACUCACCCAAUUCGCCAGAAACUGAAGGAAUACAGAGCAGCCAGCCGGCCCUGACUCACCCUACAACCUUCCAGGCCUGA